AUGACGGCUACCAAGAUCGAUGGCACCCAGAUUGCCAAGAAUAUCCGCGAGGGACUGAAAACUGAGAUCCAGAAGAUUCAGGAAACCAACCCCAGAUUCAAGCCUAGUCUGGUUAUCUUCCAGGUGGGCAGCCGCUCCGAUUCAAGCACUUAUGUGCGCAUGAAGUUGAAGGCUGCUGAGGAGACGAACAUCCUCUGCAAGAUCAUCAAUUUCCCCGAAUCCGUCACACAGCCCGAGGUUCUGCAAGAGAUCACUAAGGCCAACAAUGACCCCUCGGUACACGGCAUCCUGGUUCAGCUACCGCUCCCCAAGCACCUGUCCGAGCACACUAUUACCUCUGCUGUCGCGGACGAGAAGGAUGUCGACGGAUUCGGUGCGAUCAACAUUGGAGAAUUGGCUAAGCGAGGUGGCCGGCCUCUUUUCCUGCCUUGCACCCCCAAGGCUGUCAUGAAGCUUCUGCAGGAGAGCGGCGUCGACCCUGCCGGCAAGGAAGCUGUGGUUCUUGGCCGCAGUGACAUCGUUGGCAGCCCCGUCAGCUAUUUGCUCAAGAACGCCGACGCAACUGUCACCCUGUGCCACUCAAAGACCCCCGACAUCGCCAGACUUGUGAAAAACGCCGACAUCGUCGUUGCCGCCAUUGGACAGACCGAGUUUGUCAAGGGAGAGUGGCUGAAGCCUGGCGCUGUCGUCAUUGAUGUUGGUAUCAACUACAAGGCCGAUGCUACUCGCAAAUCCGGCCAACGACUUGUUGGAGAUGUCGAUUUCGAGUCUGCUGUCCAGGUUGCCUCUCAGAUUACCCCGGUUCCUGGUGGUGUUGGCCCCAUGACGGUGGCCAUGCUGCUGGAGAACGUGGUUACCGGGGCCAAAGCCUACUUCGAAAAGCAGAAGGAUCGCCACAUUACUCCCCUCCCAAUCAAGUUGACCAGCCCUGUCCCCUCUGACAUCGCUAUUUCCCGCGCGCAAUACCCCAAACAAAUCACCCAGCUCGCCUCAGAGAUCGGUAUCGCUCCCCAUGAGCUCGAGCCCUAUGGCCACACUAAGGCCAAGGUCAACCUGUCCGUUCUCGACCGCUUGUCUCACCGUCGCGAUGGUCGGUACAUCUUGGUUUGCGGUAUUACUCCUACUCCCCUGGGUGAGGGUAAGUCUACCACCACCCUUGGUCUGUCCCAGGCUCUCGGUGCCCACUUGAACCGCAUGGUGUUCGCCAACGUGCGGCAGCCUAGCCAGGGCCCUACAUUCGGUAUCAAGGGCGGAGCUGCCGGUGGAGGAUACAGCCAGGUUAUUCCGAUGGACGAAUUCAACCUGCACUUGACUGGCGAUAUCCACGCCAUCACUGCCGCCAACAACCUUCUGGCGGCCGCCAUCGAAACUCGCAUGUUUCACGAGGCCACUCAGAAGGAUGGCGCCCUCUACAAGCGCCUGGUUCCUGCCAGGAAGGGCAAGCGUGAGUUUCAACCCAUCAUGUAUCGCCGACUCAAGAAGCUGGGCAUUACCAAGACCAACCCGGACGAGCUCACGGAGGAGGAAGUCCACCGAUUUGCUCGCCUUGACAUCGACCCUGAGACCAUCACAUGGCGCCGUGUUCUUGAUGUCAACGACCGUCAUCUGCGUGGAAUCACCAUCGGGCAGGCUCCCACUGAGCGUGGUUAUACGCGUGAGACUGGUUUCGACAUUUCUGUCGCCAGCGAAUGUAUGGCGAUCCUUGCGCUGAGCAACAGCCUCGAAGAUAUGCGUGAAAGACUGGGACGCAUGGUCGUUGCCACCUCCCGCAACGGUGACCCUGUCACUUGCGACGAUAUCGGUGCGGGCGGAGCUCUCGCGGCCCUCAUGAAGGAUGCCAUCAAGCCCAACCUCAUGCAGAGUCUGGAGGGUACUCCAGUUUUGGUCCACGCCGGCCCCUUCGCUAACAUCAGCAUUGGCGCCAGCUCGGUCAUUGCCGACAAGUUGGCCUUGAAGCUCGCGGGUACAGAGCCGGAUGAGGACCACGACGCCCAUACCGGCUUCGUUGUCACCGAGGCCGGCUUUGACUUCACUAUGGGCGGAGAGCGUUUCUUCAACAUCAAGUGCCGUUCGUCCGGCUUGUCUCCCGACACUGUGGUCAUUGUGGCUACUGUCCGUGCCCUGAAGGUGCAUGGUGGCGGCCCUGAGAUCACCCCUGGUGCUGCUCUGCCUGAAGUGUACCGCACCGAGAACGUCGACAUCUUGCGCAAGGGUUGUAUCAACUUGAAGAAGCACAUUGAGAACGCCCGCCAGUACGGUGUACCCGUCGUGGUGGCGAUCAACCGCUUCGAGACCGACACCGAGGCUGAGAUUGCCGUCAUUCGCGAGGAGGCCCUUGCGGCGGGCGCGGAGGACGCAGUCCCCGCCAACCACUGGGCUGAGGGCGGAGCCGGUGCGGUGGACCUGGCCAAGAGUGUCCUUGCCGCUAGCUCCAAGCCCAAGGACUUCAAGCUCCUGUACGAUCUGGACGGCACCAUCCAGGAGCGGAUCGAGCGGAUCGGUAAGGCGAUGUACGGCGCGGAGAAGGUCGAGUUCAGCGAGCUGGCCCAAAAGAAGGUCGAUACGUACACCGCGCAAGGAUUUGGCAAUCUCCCGAUCUGCAUUGCGAAGACGCAGUACUCGCUCAGUCACGACCCGGCCCUCAAGGGUGCUCCGACCGGCUUCACUGUCCCCAUCCGUGACGUUCGAUUGGCGGUCGGUGGUGGAUAUCUGUAUGCCCUUGCAGCAGACAUCCAGACCAUUCCGGGUCUGCCGACUGCCCCCGGUUACUUGAAUGUGGAUAUUGAUCCCGAGACUGGAGAGAUCGAUGGCCUCUUCUAG